AGUACGCAUAUGAUGUCAUCAUGAUCAAUACAGUGAGGCUUUUGACAGAGCAGAUACCCUAUAGUGUAGGGCUUACACCAAGUUUCACUGUGCGCUCGGGUCUAACCUCUCCAGCUGAUACCAGGUCGUGUUGAAGCGAGGAAGCGACAGGAGGCUCGGGAGCGAACAUCAACGAUACUCUCGGUGCUAUCCGCUCCAAUUUGAAAUGUAAGUGCAGUACCACAGAUCGUUGAUGGAGUCUUCCUAGAGUUAGCGCCUUAGCAUAAAAUGGGAGCAAAUAGUCAGUGAGUCGUUGCUAUAGCGUAUUUGCGUGAUAUACGUCAUGUUCUCCUUCACUCUCCUGAUCUCUUCGUUCAUUGCCUUGGGCAGCGUGGAAAUCCCUGAACAGUUUUAUAACGAGAGCAUGGGCAAGGGCCAGGAUAUUAGUGAGGGAAUCAUUUCAAAUGGUUAAUUUGCGAUCCUGUAGUUAUUACUAUAUACUCAUGUCAGAUAUGGAUGGACUAGUAGGGAACACAAAUCUGCCAUACUACGGCAAACCCACAGGUUGCACUUGCUCCGGAGAAAAAUUUGUCGGGAGCUGUGAGUGCCCGAACAAGCAGGACCUAUUCGCCCUUACCGGCGGUUAUAGUACUUGCUACGCGAUCUGCGCUAAGCCAUGCGCACAAGCCUCGGAUUGUCCUCCGGCUCCUAAGAGUGCCAGUGUCCAUAUCAAGUGCGUCUUGGGUCGCUGCCUUCUUGACUGUUCAGGCUACGACGAUAUUUGCGCAAAGGAGGACGGCUCCGUUUGUUUCAGAUACCGUAUGGGACCGGCAAAGGGAACCAUGUGUUCAUGGUCCUUUUGAGAACUCAUGAUCGAACAGUCCGACUCGGACUCUCUAUUGCGGAUCUUCCAUAAUUCUCUUUUAACCGAUUACUCAAGAUACGCAGUGACUAUCUUUUUGAACGCUAAUUGAGAGUUACGAUGGUUUAUUCUUUUCAUUCGAUCAGUAUGGUUAUCCAAUUUCAAGAGUUAGAGAUAAGAGUUAUCACGAAGAUUAUUUGAUUUAGGGAACCAUGUGUCAAUGGUCCUUUUGAGAACUCAUGAUCGGACAGUCCCAUUCGGACUCUCUAUUGCGGAUCUUCCACAAUUACCUACUAACCGAUUACUCAAGAUACGCAGUGAGUAUUUUUUCAAACACUAAUUGAGAGUUACGAUGGUUUAUCCUUUUCAUUCGAUCAAUAUCGUUAUUCAAUUUCAAGAGGUAGACAUAAAAAUUAUUACAAAGGCUAUUUGACUUGGUAAAUUUUC